UUAAGAAAACUCAAAUUGUAUAAAAUGUCUGAAAGUACACCAGCACCAUACCCGCCAAGAUCGGGCAAUGGUUUUGCCUUAUACUUAGGAUCUAAUGUAUUGUUAUUGUUGUACAUUUUAUGGGCUUUUAUUCCUGAUGAAUUUUUAGAAGAUACAUUAGGUUUAACAUAUCUGCCAAUGAAGUAUUGGGCAAUCUCUCUUCCAAUUUGGAGUUUGACUGCUAUUGCUGUUUUUGCAUUUGCUAUUUAUCCAGCCAUCAACAUGACAUUGACUCCGGAUGUUGAUGACUUGAGAACAAUUACAGAUGAGUAUAGUUUACCGCUGCAAGAAUAUAAUCCCGAUGGUAUACCACCUGUUUCUGAUAUACCAAUCACAGAAGUCUCCAGGGUUUUAUACUUGCAAGAAGAUUGAA